UAUUAAACUUAGGUAUUUCAUAUAAAUGUAUUACUUUAGCUAAUCUUAUAAACAUGUAUGAAUAGAUACAAUAUAUAAAGAUGUGUGUUAUGUGUUAUGUACCAUAUUAAAAAACUGUUUGUAAUGUAAUCUCUUACAAAAAAAAGUCUUCAUAAUGUAACAGAUGAAACGGAUAUAAACUUGCAUAAUUUUGGAUACAAUAAAUUCAAGCUUCAAAACUAACUAUGUUUUGUUCAUAGUAUCAGGUUAGACUAAUAAUAAAAGUCAUAUCUAAUCUGUUAAUUUUGUGGUAGAUGAUUAAAUGGUUUAUUAUUCAAACCAAACUUCAGUCUAGAGAUCGUUAGAAUGUUUACUAUGAUGACAGAUGGACAUUUAUGAAUUGAUUUGAUUAUCGUGUUGAAAAUGCAGUUCGUGAACUGAAAAUAAUCAGAUAUGAUUUGUAUAUUAAGCUGAUGUACACUUGUAGUCAGUAUUUGAAGUGAUUUUAUAAGCAGAGAAAACCAACGCCUACCGAAGUAUUGUUUGGGUCACGUCAGUUUAUUGGUUCUAAUUGAAAUAUGUGUUGUUAUUGUAUAUAAGUAGAUAACCAAAGUAUGAUUUGUGUAACGUCGGUUUGAAUUAAAUAAAUUGAUUGAUAUAAAGAUAUCUUGUAUGAUACACGUGUCUAAUAAAUGGUUGAAUUUAGAAUAGAUCCAAACUUAAAUGACAACAUUUGAUGGUAGAUAAAAAUAAGACCCUAAAUUAAUAGAUUAGAUAUUAAAUUUAUAAUAUUUUUAUUUGAAAUAUUUUUUAGAAAAUAUGAUCUCGCAUGGCUAUAACUAAACCUAGCAUUGUUGUAUUAAUUUAAGACUAAAAACUAAACCUCUAAAAUAUAAUAUACCAUUGUUUAAAACUAGAUUACUCUCUCGGUUAUCAUGUCACUGGAUCAGACUCUGGAUAAACUUAAAUUUUCACUUUUCAUGAAGAAUAAACCAUUUGAUUAGUUUUAAUAUUAAAUUAGAAACUUUGGCAAAAUGUUAAGAUGAUAAAUAAUUAUUAGUCAUUGUUUCAUUAAAUUAUUAUGUAUAUAAUGUCCAUUUAAUAAUAUUUAUACAAAAUUGAUGAACAAGUUAAUUAUCCUUUCUAACAUAUUUUGAAAAAUUUAAAGUCUUGCACAGGUAUAAAAUUAAUCAAUAAAAAUGUUUGAAAAAUACAUUUUCUCACUUUGCAAAACAUUAUAAUUUUAAAGUUUUAAUGACGAAAUAAUCAACCGAAAAUAUACCCGUCCUUUUAAAAUCUAGUAUGUAGAUAAGUCUUCAUAUCUACUAAAAUGAAAUAUCCACGUAAGAACAGGCUUGCGUAAGAAGAGAAACGCUUCCCUUUUCCAGUCAACUCCCUUGACUUUUGGUUAUUUCACAUUGCCUCAAAGGACAAGAAGCAGGUCUAAAAAGCUUAUGUGGCAGUUCUUUGCCACAUCACGAUAUGAUGAUCUCAUCUAUAUUGUCGUUUUCUCGCCGCCUAACGUCACUCCCCGAUUGCCAUCUUCUGACACGUGGAAAUAAAAUAACCCAAUUCUUUUUUUUUCGUAUAGUGAUAGAUUUUGGUGAAAUCUUGUUUUUUUCCUUGGAUACAUUGAAAAAGUAAAUAUCAGUUUUGUGGUUGGUCCCCAUUUGGUUGUAUAAAAUUAGGCAGUCAUAUUUGUCUAUAGGACCUAUGACAAUAUAACAAUAAAAUAUUCCCACUCUCACAGUAUCUAAUUAAUUCCAAGCCCUUUAUAUAGAGGAUUAGGUUUUGCAAUAAGUUAUUGCCACAACAAAAAGAGAUAACCAAAAGAGAAAAGAAAAAGAAAGAGAAAAAACUGUUAAAAAAAAAAAAUACAGUAUUCUCAAUCUACCAUGUCUUCUUCUCCGAGUUCUUGGAGCUCAUCACAAGAAUCAUUCUUUUGGAACGAGGGUUCUCUCUUAGAUCAUUCAUCUGAUCAUCCUUCCUUCUUUUGCCCUAAUUAUAAUUACUCUGAUGACUUUUUCUCAUUUGAGUCACCGGAGCCGAUGAUUAAAGAAGAAACUCAAAACGGCGACGUUUCCAACUCCGAGGAGGAAGAAAAGAUAGGUACUAUUGAGGAAGGGAAGUCAUACAGAGGAGUGAGGAAGAGGCCAUGGGGAAAAUUUGCGGCUGAGAUAAGAGAUUCGACUAGGAAUGGAGUUAGGGUUUGGCUGGGGACGUUUGAUGAAGCUGAAGAAGCCGCUCUUGCUUAUGACCAAGCCGCCUUCGCAACAAAAGGAGCUCUCGCAGUACUCAAUUUCCCCGUGGAAGUGGUCAGAGAGUCUCUCAAGAAAAUGGAGAAUGUGAAUCUUCAAGAUGGAGGAUCUCCGAUUAUGGCCUUGAAGAGAAAACAUUCACUUCGAAACCGGCCUAGAGGGAAAAAGAGGUCUUCCAACUCUUCUUCCUGUUCUUCUAAUUCUUCUUCUUAUUCAUCUUCAUCCUCAACUUCUUGGUCUUCAUCUUCAACAUCAAGAAGCAACGAGCAGAGUGUUGUGAAGCAAGAAAGUGGAACACUUGUGGUUUUUGAAGAUUUAGGUGCUGAAUAUCUAGAACAACUUCUUAUGAGCUCAUGCUAGUUAAUCUUGAAAUUGAUUAAUUAAGCUUUAAUUUGUGGUAGUCUUGAAAUUUGUUUGUUCAUUUUGCAGUUUCUUUGGUUCUCUUCUUUUUUCCAUUUGUUGUAUCUAAAUGAAAUUAUUGGAAGAGAUGCGAUGGUGAUGUUGAACUGUAUAGAAAACUGUAUUAUUGCGUUAUAUUGCUGGAAAGUGUGUGUGUCCACCUUAUUAUUGCUUUAAUAUUUUUUGUGCUUUA